CUUUGACCUGAUUCUUGGCCUGCAAGGAGUAUAACUGGUAUGCAAGUGUUCAAUAAAGCCAGAGGAGAACAUUCCACAUAUUCUAAAAUGACCUGGACUUCUUCAGCAUGUUUGGCAUUCGGAAUGCUCCUGUGUUCUGCUCUGGGAGAGUGGAAUGGAAAUGGUUUGACUGGAGUGGUUGGAUCUACAGUAACUGAAGAAACUCAUGGGAAUCCAGAAACUAGGAUCACUGAAGCGACUUGGGGAACUGCAAUAACAGAGGAAAAUGCAGAAAAAGGCUGGACUGGAAAACUGUUGGUGGUGCCUAUGGAUGGGAGCCACUGGACAGGGAUAAAGGCGGUGGCAGAAGAACUGGGCCGCAGAGGCCACAAGGUGGUGGUGGUGAUGCCAGAAAUCAGUAUUAGGUUGGAUUCCAGCAAACACUAUGUAACUAAGACAUUCCCAGUAUCAUAUGGGCGAGAAGUACUAGACGAACUACAGGCACGUAACGCAGAGGUGAUGCAGAGCACACCACUGCCCCUACUGGAGAGAAUCAACACCAGAAUCAACAACUUGAGAAAGUUUGCAGCAUUCCAAAAAGCCACCAGUGAGGGGCUUCUGUUCAACGAGGAGCUGAUGAGUUUUCUGAGGGAGCAGAAAUUCGAUGCUGUCCUGACCAGUCCAGCAGUGCCCACCGGAGCCAUUCUGGCUUAUAAUCUGUCUCUUCCUGCAGUCUACAUGCUCCGGGGCAUGCCCUGCGGUCUGGACUCUAAAGCCACAGCUUGUCCUAACCCUCCCUCCUAUGUCCCUCGCUUUUUCACUAAAAACUCUGAUCGGAUGAAUUGGAGAGAGCGGGUGCUGAACGUGAUAAUGAGUAUGUUGGAGCCUUUGCUGUGUAAGUUUCUGUACUGGUCCUUCGAGGAUUUGGCAUCCCUUGUAAUGAACAGACCCAUCAGCAUGCUGGAAAUCCUAAGAUCUGGAGCAGUGUGGCUGCUGAGGUACGACUUCACAUUGGAGUUCCCUAAACCACUAAUGCCCAACAUGGUGCUGAUUGGUGGACUCAACUGCGCCAUCAAGAGGCCACUUAAUCCGGAAGUGGAGGAGUUUGUGGAAGGAUCCGGAGAACACGGCAUUGUGGUUUUUACGCUCGGGUCUCUGGUACAAUCAAUGCCAGCAGAAAAGGCCUCCGUCUUCUUCCAGGCCUUCAGCCAAAUCCCUCAAAGAGUUCUUUGGCGUUACACAGGAGAACUUCCAGAUCACGUUCCUGAAAAUGUGAAGCUAAUGAAGUGGCUUCCUCAGAACGACCUGUUAGGUCACCCGAAAGCCCGUGCCUUCAUUACUCACGGUGGAACUCAUGGUAUCUAUGAGGGCAUCUGCCAUGGCGUUCCUAUGGUGAUGUUGCCACUCUUCGGUGACCAGGGAGACAACGUGCACCGGGUAGCAAGUCGAGGAGUGGGCGUUGUCCUGAACAUCCAUGACAUCACUCCAGAGAUGCUGAUUGAUGCCCUCAACACGGUCAUCAACGAGAGCAGUUAUAAGGAAAGGAUGGUGAAGCUCUCAGCUAUUCAUAACGACCGACCCAUAGAGCCACUGGAUCUGGCUGUCUUUUGGACAGAAUUUGUAAUGAGAAACAAAGGAGCGGGACACCUGCGACCAGCUGCUCACGACCUAAACUGGUUCCAGUAUCACAGUCUGGAUGUGAUUGGCUUCCUGCUUGUUGUCAUGGUGAUUGUAGUCAUGGUGCUGAUUAGGUGCUGCGUGUUUUGUUUACGACGAUGCGGAAGGAAACUGCAGAAGCGGAAGGAGGACUAAGUCCAGAGGAGGAAUACCAGAAACAUUUUCCAAGUCUUCUGGAGAAAUUCCGUUAAAACUAGGAUUUAUAAAAUACAAUACUAAUCAUAAUCUUAAUUUUAAUCCUCCCUUCUGUCUGAUAGUGAGAAUCUACACAGAAUGAUAUGAUUUUUUCCUCAACCGGUUCUCACUGCACUGAUUUACGCAGGCUGAAGUUUUAAAUGUUAUUUUAAAUAUCAGAUCAAACUAUUUUAGAAUUUAUUUGAGUUUUUCUUAUAUCAGAUCUGUGUUUCUCUAUUUUACUAUAAAGUGAUGUCAACUGUCAAUUUAAUCAAUAAACACAUUUUCUCAAAA